AAUCCAGUUCCCACCCUCUUUUCAUUCGCCAGUGGCGGCACCAGCAGGUGCGAGGAAUAGAGAGCCAGAGCACUGAGCAUUUCAAGUUUCCAGCCUUGGCCACUCUCUUCACAGAGCCCUCAGAGCCCUUCCCUGAGGAGCCCAAGCCGGAGCCAAUGGCCUCCCAUCACUGCCACCAGGACCCCUUGCUGCAGCCAGGCCUCUCUCCUGAGAGGCUGCAGGCUCGGAGGCAGCUGUACGCUGCCAGUGCGGUGUGUUUUGUCUUCAUGGCCGGGGAGGUGGUUGGUGGGUAUUUGGCACACAGCCUGGCCAUUAUGACUGAUGCUGCCCACUUGCUGGCAGAUGUGGGCAGCAUGAUGGGUAGCCUCUUUUCCCUUUGGCUCUCCACUCGACCAGCCACUCGCACCAUGACCUUUGGCUGGCACCGCUCAGAGACUCUGGGGGCUUUGGCCUCUGUGGUCUCCCUUUGGAUGGUCACUGGCAUCCUCCUGUACCUGGCCUUCAUCCGCCUGCUGCACAGUGACUACCACAUCGAGGGGGGUGCCAUGCUGCUGACCGCCAGCAUCGCUGUCUGUGCCAAUAUGCUAAUGGCCUUUGUGCUGCACCAGGCUGGGCCCCCCCACAGCCAUGGGUCUAGGGGGGCAGAGUAUGCACCGCUGGAGGAGGGACAUGGGAACCCUCUGCCCUUGGGGAAUACCAGUGUCCGGGCGGCCUUUGUGCAUGUGCUGGGGGACCUCCUGCAGAGCCUUGGGGUCCUGGCUGCCUCCAUCCUCAUCUACUUCAAGCCUCAGUACAAGGCAGCUGAUCCCAUCAGCACCUUCCUUUUCUCCAUCUGUGCCCUUGGAUCCACAGCUCCCACCCUCCGAGAUGUUCUUCGCAUCCUCAUGGAAGGUUCCCCCCGCAACGUGGGCUUUGAACCUGUAAGGGACACACUGCUAUCAGUGCCAGGAGUCCGGGCAACCCAUGAGCUGCACCUGUGGGCCCUGACACUCACUUACCACGUUGCCUCUGCACACCUAGCCAUUGACUCCACAGCUGACCCUGAAGCCGUCCUGGCUGAAGCCUCAUCCCGGCUCUAUUCCCGGUUUGGAUUCUCCAGUUGUACCCUGCAGGUGGAACAGUACCGGCCUGAGAUGGCCCAGUGCCCACGCUGUCAGGAGCCCCCUCAAGCCUGAGCCUCGACCCCACCCUCACCCCACUGCCAGGCCCAGGAUCAGCCCUGGACUCUCAGUACCUGCCUCCCUGGUCACAGAAGGGACCUUCCUCUCCCCCUCUUCCACAUGCCAAAUGCCCCAGCUCCAGUGGCAAGACCAAAGUGUGUAUACAGGGCAUGGGGCAGGAGUCAGCCUGAUCAGCUGUGAGCAGUUCAGGGGCAUAGGUGUGUGGAAACCCCACUAUCCUCGCUCCCCACUGCCUGGAGAGCUAUGCUUGUCCUUUCUGUGUAAUCCACGUGUCUUUGUGGCAGGCUGACUGGCUGGGGGCAUCUGCCUGCCUGUGUACUGUUGGUGUGCCUACGCUUGGGGAGGUCAGCAGGGGCCCCCUUCCCAUGAUACCCCGCUCUGUCUAUGCAGUGGCCCCAAAGCCUGCACUUUGUUUAUUUCCUGGUCCUGUGAUUUUGUCUAUGUGUAUGUGUGUGUUUCUUGGUGCUGUGGCCUCUGUGUCUCUGUGCCUGUGUGGCUGUGCUGGUCUCUUAUGAGUCUGCUCCACCCAUGUGUCCACUGGGGGGGGGUCUGUCUGCCCAUCCCUUUGUUGGUGCU